AUGAGAUAUUUUCCCCUCUUUGCAACAAUCCUUGCGACUGUUGGUGUCUAUAGUGUCAGGAGUGCUCCUCCAUCAGCUGCUGGGCAGCCUCAGGUAAAUGUCGGGACUGCUACCUCUCAUACUGGUACAGCAACGACUGCACCAUCAACUUCAGCUAGUUCUGCUCCUUUACCAAGUGUCACUGUUACUAUAAACGGUCAAACUCUUGUAUAUCCUCCCUUAGAUAGAACCCCUAAUACAAAUGAUCCAAUAGUUCAACAGUGGUUAAAAGAAUUAAAUCUUGGUAGUAAUGUACCUAAUUUACCACAAUCAAAUGGUGGUGUAGUUAAUUUUGAUUCAGCAAAUUGUCAACCACCAACGACAAUUCUACCAAAUCAAGGGUCUUGGACUUGUCAAAAAGUUAUUCGCCCGGAUGACAAAGUUCAAUGCCCGCAAAAAGGUGUAUGGGGCUUAACAUAUGAUGAUGGUCCAUCAUUAUCAACGCCAGCCUUGUUAAAUACUUUGAAUAGCAAUAAUCUUAAAGCUACAUUUUUUGUAAUUGGAAGUCGCGUAGUUUCAUUCCCAGAGACAUUAAAAGCCGCUUAUGCUAAAGGUCAUAAUAUUGCAAUUCAUACAUGGUCACAUCCCGCACUUACUUCGGUUUCGAACGAAGGUAUCGUAGCAGAAUUGAAGUGGUGCAUGAAGGCAGUUAAAGACGUUCUCGGGGUCACUCCUAUAUACAUGCGUCCUCCUUUUGGUGAUACUGAUGAUCGUGUUCGUGCUAUUACACGUGCUGUUGGCUUAUGGACUGUAAUUUGGACGGAAGGAUUUGAUACUGAUGAUUGGUCAUUGAGAACUGGACCUGGACUUAAAACUCAAAAUGCUGAUCACGUUAUUGGAAUUUUUCAAGGAUGGAUGAAACAAUUGCCAACAAUGACACAUGGAUUUAUUGUACUUGAACAUGAUUUAUUCCCUCAAACAGUCGCAGCGGCGCAAUCUGUACUAGGAAUAGCAGUUAAACAACCUGGAUUGACUAUUCAAACUGUUCCACAAUGUCUUGGUGAUUCUACGCCAUAUCUUGAAGUUGGUGGUAAACCGCCUGCUCUUACUUCAGCUAACACUUCUAAUGCUAAUAAUAGUACUGGUUCUUCGUUGGCUGAUACUUCAUCAAACUCUUCUGAUCCUGUGGCGCAUGCUGCUUCUACAAGUGAUGCCUCAUUAUCUAUUAUUUAUUCUGUUUUGCCAGUGACGUUGAUAUCGUUAGCAUUGUCAUUGAAUUUUGGUCAUUUGUAA